AUGCCCACGGACACGACGUCGGACCCAACCGGUCACCUCCCUCACUCGUCGCAUCCUCACGCUGUCAAUAGUACUACUCAGUCGCUCAAACGCCGCCCUUCCCAAGAGUCCAGGACGACUUCUCCGUCGGCUGAGAGACCCGCCCGGAAACAAGCAAGACAUUCCUCAGCGACCGUGGACCAUAUCCACGGGCGAGACAGUUCAAUACACGGAGAGCUCGAAAGCCAGGAAGAUGCAAGGGAAGAGGAGGAAGAAAACACCUCUACCAACCAACAACACGACCUGUCACCGACCGGUUCAGGUUCGAUCUCACUCCUCGAGGCCACUACGAUAAAUUCAGGUCAAGGAGAAACCAUGACACCCAACCGAGAGCCAGUUCACGGUCGAGAAUUUGUCGCAACCUCCAUACCUAUUCGGCCUUUGCCUCAUGCCGCACCUGUUGUGCAUGAGCUCGUAUCGGGGCCAAGGCAUCGCGCUCCGUCAGACACGAGAUCAUCGAGCGGCGCACAGCUUCUACAUUCGGUUGCUCUCGUCGAGUACCUGCAACUGGACGAACGCCCUACGCUCGUUGUGGACAUAGAGGAGGCCGCAGAUACCAGGAAUGGCCUCCAAAUUUUGUUCGCCAACCCAGCCUUGAAAUCUCGUGGUUCAUUAUUUGACCAUGUUAAUGGGCGUUCAGAAGACUCUACACUGCUGCUAGAUAUAGGGACGUCCUUCACCGACUUCAAAUCAUGGGUUUUAACUCCAUUGGCCGGUCUGGAUGUCGUGACAAAAUUUCCCUUUGCAGGACAUCUAUGGCAGGCAUCGUUGAUUCGGAAACGGCUCAAGGUGAUUCAUGGUUAUCCACAUACCUUUUCACAAUCUCCCACGACUGAGAAUCACACGCGUAUCAAUAUGCAGCAUUUCCAAGGCCUGGGAACGGCAACAUCGUCUGCCAAUGUGCGAGGCGAGCUCACAUCAACGAGCUAUUUCGAUAUUUCUCCGAGGCCGAGCACACAUAUUCCACGGCUCAUCGAGGAUUUAGCGAAAGGCAUGUCCGAAGUAUCUCCUAGCACGGCGGCUUCAAGUUCUUCUGUUCUUGCACCCGGCAUGGACUAUACUGAUGGCCCGUCUGAUCCGUUGUCCCCAGGCAGGACUUCAACCACCGUUUUAAUUGCUCAGACCGACGAAGGUGCGGCGAUGACAGUACCAGUGCAGGAGAAAGGCGGUUUUGACUGGACACGGCUGCCUCUGUCGCCCUCACUCCCUCCCCAUGUGCAAUUUGCUCGUGGAGUUGAUUGGGCAAAGACUAGCCUUGGGCCUAUUGAGAAUUGGUCUGCUGAUCUUCGCGGUAUGUGUAACCUGAUUAUGGCCAGCCCUCACCCAUCGGCCAUGUAUUGGGGUAAGGAUCAUAUCGCCAUCUACAACGAAGCCUAUAUUCUGCUUGCUGGUCAAAAGCACCCUGGGCUCAUGGGUGCGCGUUACCAAGAUGCCUGGAGUGAGAUUUGGGAGCCACUGGAGGCGGUGUUUGAAAGUGCCUUCAAGCAUGCCCAAGCCACAAUGAAAGAUGACGACUGCUUGUUUCUCAGUCGCAAUGGUUUUCUGGAGGAGUGCUACUUUUCCUGGUCUAUCAUACCAUUGAUUGGAGAUGACGGUAGUGUGGUCGGCCUGUACAAUCCUGCUUUCGAAAAGACCCGACGGAAAAUCGCCGAGAGACGGAUGCUCACCCUACGAGAAAUCGGUGAAUGUACCGGCACCGCGAGGAAGAUAUCACAAUUCUGGGGCUUGCUGCUGGAAGGCCUCAAAUACAACGAAUACGAUGCGCCUAUGGUCAUGGUCUAUUCUCUCAGUGAUGAUUCCUCUGACAGCGAAGCGAUUUCGUCAGCCUCGAGUGGUGGCGCAUCUAAUAAGGUCUGUUCCUUGGAAGGCACUCUAGGCAUUCCUCCAGGGCAUGAAGCCGCACCACAUUCCAUCGACAUGAAAACUGGAACAGCCGGAUUUGCAGCCGCAUUCCGGCAAGCUUUGACAGCCGACAAACCAGUCGUUCUUCGUGUAGAUGAUGGUACUCUGGCACCGGACAUGCUGACCGGUAUCGAGUGGCGCGGGUUUGGCGACCCUUCCAAAAUCAUCGUCAUUUCUCCCAUCCGACCCACUACGGGCGAGUCGACGCUGGGAUUUCUUGUUAUGGCGACAAAUCCUAGGAGGCCAUACGACGAAGACUAUGAUCUCUUUGUGCAGCUUCUUGGUCGACAGCUGGCAACCUCAAUUGCAUCGGUGGUUUUGUUUGAAGAUGAGAUAAGGAAGGGCGAAAGAGCGGCUCAAUUAGCCGCCCAAGACAGAAUCGAAUUGAACAAUCAGUUGGUUGCAAAGACACAACAAGCGGUAGAAGCAGAAAACAAGUUCACCAGAAUGGCAGAGUUAGCGCCUGUCGGCAUGUUUAUCGGCGACACUGACGGGAAGAUCAACUUUGCCAACGAUGCAUGGUACAAAAUCACCUCGUACACUCGUGAUGUCGUGGGGGACGCCGAGUGGAUCAAGUACGUCAAGGAUGAAGACCAGGUGAAGGUGCGUGAAGUUUGGAAGAGCAUGGUGGACAAGAGAUCCGCGAUUUCGAUGGAAUUCCGCUUUCGAAGGCCAUGGCGCGAUAAGGUUGGAAACACAGGCUCAACCUGGGUCUUGAUGAGCGCCUCACCAGAGCGGGAUGAGGACGGGCAAGUCCAACGCAUUUUUGGAUCGAUGACGGAUAUUAGUGCGCAAAAGUUCGCUGAGAAGCUCCAGACUAGGAGAAUGGAAGAGGCUGUCGAGCUUAAGAGACAGCAAGAGCGAUAUAUCGAUACGACAUCACAUGAGAUGCGUAACCCACUGUCUGCAAUUCUCCAGUGCGCUGACUCGAUCACCAACUCUCUGAACGAGAUGAUCGAAGCAGAUCAGUUGGCCGCAGCGCUUAAAGAGACCAUUGAACUCACGAUUGACUCAGCUCAGACGAUUACUCUGUGUGCUCAACAUCAAAAGAGAAUCGUUGACGAUGUUCUCACGCUAUCGAAACUCGACUCUGCGAUGAUGGCCGUGUCCCCUACAGAUACACAACCAAUGAGCGUGAUGCACAAAGUUUUAAAGAUGUUCGAAGCAGAAUUGAAAACCAACGAUAUCAAACUCGACGUCAACAUCGACACAUCCUAUACAGACCUGCAUGUGGAAUGGGUGCGGCUAGAUCCACAUCGGCUGUCGCAAGUCUUGAUCAACCUCAUGACCAACGCUAUCAAGUUCACUGCCACUCAGGAGAGCCGUAUUGUUCGGAUGCACGUAGCGGCGUCUAAGUCACGGCCUUCGCAGGAAGACAAGUGGCGGUUGACCUAUAUCCCAUCGGCAACCCCCAAAGACAACGAUGUGACUGCCGGUGCAGAGUGGGGUCUAGGAGAGCCUAUAUACCUCCAUUUUGCUGUACAAGACACCGGGAGGGGUCUGGACGACCUGGAGAAAAAGCAACUCUUUCAGCGAUUCUCGCAAGCCAGCCCUCGUACGCACGUCACCUAUGGUGGUUCUGGAUUGGGACUCUUCAUUUCGAGACAGCUUGUUGAGCUCCAAGGAGGUGAGAUUGGUGUUGCAUCGGAGACUGGAAAGGGGAGUGUUUUUGCCUUCUACGUCAAAGCCCGCAGAUGCGAGCGUCCCGAUGGGGCAUUGGAAGAUGAUCAAGCUUGGUUUCGAAAGGGCUCAAAGUCAUCAUUAAUGAUGACAGUGAGCAAUCACAACCCCUCGCCCUCCCAGACGCCUCAGAAUACUGUCAUACCAGCAUCGGUAAAGAGCCCCGCUCUCAGGAGUUCCCUCAAUGUGCUCGUUGUCGAGGACAACCUGAUUAACCAGAAGGUCUUGGCUGGUCAAUUGCGGAAGAUCGGCUGCGAGGUCUAUGUCGCCAACCAUGGUGGUGAAGCAAUUGAAAAGAUCCAACAAUCCAAGUUUGAUCAAAGGCACGUCAAGGACGGCAUCGAGAUCGACAUUGUGCUGAUGGACUUGGAAAUGCCCGUUAUGGACGGCCAGACAUGUGCGAAACGACUCCGCGAAAUGCAAGAGUCGGGAGAGCUCGUCGCGCAUAUUCCAGUCAUAGCGGUGACGGCCAAUGCGAGGGCGGAGCAGAUUGAAAUGACGCUGAAGAGUGGUAUCGACGAUGUGGUCAGCAAGCCGUUCCGCAUUCACGAGCUUCUUCCCAAGAUGAAGGACGUGAUUGCGAGGGUUUCAAUGGCUCGGGACGGAGGAUAG